UCUAUCUCCUUCUCCUCAGUUGGAUUCUUCAGUCGGUGGGCAGGAACUGUGUCGGUUUCUGAAGAAGCCCAGAGAGAGAGAUAGAGAGAGAGAGAGGGGGGCGUGAACUGUCUCUGGGUCAUCUCAGACAGUCAGAGAGAGAGAGAGCGAGAGAGAAACAGACGGCACACAGGCAGCAGGAUACAGGAGGUAUGUCAGAGGAUGUGGUUUCCCUGAGCUUGCAGAACAUUGCACAGACAUACUUUGAGCAUGACCUAAGGGCAGCACACAAAGUGUGUUUUCUGCGCUCCACUAGCUGCCUGCCGCAGGAGGACUGAUCUGAUCGGGAUCCUCGCUUCUUCUUAUUACUGUGCCGUCACAUCCAAAGGGAAACGUAGAGCUGCUCUCUUGGUUCAAGCGGCGUACAGUGGAUCGCUGACUCAAACUUGCAGCCUCUGCUUGUCGACAGCUCCACAACAGGCUUAAGUGCGCACUCAUUCGGCAGAAAUGGGCUGCGGGUUGAGGAAGUUCCGUCAGACGGAAGACAACAGUCCGGGAAAGAUUUACUCCACCCUCAAGAGACCGCAGGUGGAGACCAAGGUCGGGGUUGCAUACACGUACCACCACGUGGACUUCCUGGUGGGGAAAGAUGAUGGGACGUCCACGCUGUGUCUGUCCUCGGUGAGGGAGUUGCCGUCUCAGCUGCAGGAUCUGUACCAGCAGGGCUUCAUUCUAGCAGCUGUGCACCCCUUCGUCCACCCGUGCGGCCCCGAGCCCGCCAGCGUCCAGCGCCAGCUCUACCGGGCAGUGCUCAUCAAAGUCUCAGACAGCUGGGAGAAGAAUCCGGCAGACUUUGAGCCUUACCAUCUCAAACUGGAGGAAUGCAUGUCUGCAGACCAGAUUCCCACCACAGAACACAUCCAAGGAUAUGUGAAGAAAAUCCAGGAUGCUGCGGAUCAGGGCAUCAUGUUUGUGGGCUUCAUCCAGGAGCCAGCUGGCCUACGCCCACACGUGCUCCGGCACGGAGAACCAGAGGAACCCUCCCUCUCCCUGCACUCCAGCCCCAGCUCGCUGCACGGCUCGGGGCUGACGCCCAGUCCCAGUCCCCUGGAGGAUCCGGAGCUGGGAGACGAGUCCGGAGCAGAGAACGAAGGGAAAAACAGGGGAGGUGAGGCUCUGAGAGAAGACGUGAAAUCUUCUGAAGGUGGAGACGGAGGAUGUGAUCUCUCUGUUGAGAAAUCAGGAUCUGGUGAAACACAGCAAGGAGAUACACUAACACACAACAACAACGACACGGCCAAAAUCACAGACACAGCCGAGAAACCCAGCAGGUUGGCCCUGACUAAGAGUGGAGCCGAGCUCUUUGGAUUGUUUAACUACCCGGGUCGGCGUGAGGGUCAGCUGAAGUACUACACAGUUAAAGUGCCUCUUCGAGUUCAGCCGCAGGGCGAGGGCAUCUGCACGAUGGAGGCCAACUGGCUCGAUCACAUGACUCAACACUUCAACAACGGAGCCUCACUAGUGGACGGAUACUUUCAGCUGACCAGAGACAACGAUUUUCUCGUCAAGACUGUGGACAGUGUGUUUGUGUUCCAGGAGGGGAUGGAGAGUGACACCAAUGCAGCUGCUGCGUACGACGCUAUAGUGGUGGAACAAUGGACAAUCGUUGAUGGUUUACAAGUCAAGACAGACUAUAUUCCCCUGCUGCAGUCGCUGGCUUCAUUUGGAUGGAGACUCACUUGUGUGCUGCCUACACCCAUCAUCAAGACUAACAGUGAUGGAAGUUUGGCCACCAAGCAGAUCGUUUUCCUCCAAAGACCAAUGUUGGCUCGCAAGAAGAAGGAAUCCAAGAAAGUCAUCUUUAAAGCAAGGAACAAGUCCAACAAGAACUCGGUCAAAGACGCACCAAAGAACAAGAAGAAGAAAGACUCCACACCCACCGUAGAGAAAGAGAUAAGUGAUCAAAAGCCCUGUGAUGGAGCUGAGAAGAGCACCGAAGAGACAAAUACAAGUGUGAGUGAACGACAGGAGGAAAACCAGAAUAAUGAGACUGAUGCUGAAGUGCAGAGUGAACAGAAAGAGGACAGAGAGGAAGGGAACGAGACAGAGGAAGGGACGCUAGGAGCAGGAAGGGAAAAACAAGAGGCGGCGGGCGGAAAUAGCAAGACAGACGGAAGUGCUCAAGAUGAGGUAGAUGUUAAAGAGGAAGAGUGUGGCGUGAAAACAGAAGCACCUACAGCACAAGAAACAGGACGACAGGAUGAAGAGGUGGACAAACAGGAAGACAGCUCAGCCAAUCAGGAUUGAGGAUGCACUCAUACCCACCGAGCCAAUGGAAGUGGACAUCUGAAUGUUCUUAAUGCUACCCUGCAAAAAAAUCAGUUUGCUUAUCAAUAUUGUGUCUUGUUUUCCAGUAUCUAAACAUCCUUGAAACAAGUUCAAUAUAGAAAACAAGGAAGCAAGAGUUGUUUUAUUGAUCUUUAGAUGCCCAAGACAAAACUACUGGCUGAUGUCCUGUAGAUUAUGGUUUAAGACAAGUGAACUGUCGCGCAAACACCUCACCUGACAUUUCCACCUCUUGUUACCAAUGCUGAACAUUUAACUCACCGCCGGUGAGCGGGCGAUAACAUCCCUUCCCCAUCAAUGAGCCGAAAGGACUCUGGUAUCCAGGAAGAGGGAGGAGAGAUGAGAAGAGAUUGUUAUCAGUAAAUGCACUGGAUGGGAAAACCACAUUAAUAUUAACUCAAUGAGCCCUGGGGGCCGACACAGACUCAAAGACGGCAUCUCAGACGCGCUCCGAGGAGAAGGUCACUGCUGCGAGAAGCAAUCUAUUGUGAUGGAAGGUGCAUAUGUUUGUGUAUGUUUUUGUUUACGUUUAUAAGAAUAUUUCAUGACACUGUCCAAACAAAAGAUUCUCAAAAGUUAGGGGAAGAAGCGCACCUGACAGAGAAACAAACUGGGAUAUUACUAUUUAAAAAGUUUGUUGUGGAGUAGGGGCGACUUUUUGUUGGUUUAGUUGUUAGCAUUCAGAGCAGAUCCACCACUGGUUUAAAAGAGUAACUUGCACAGAAAUGAAAAUUCGGUCAUCAUUUACUCACCCUCAUUCUGUUUCAAAUAUGUAUGACUUGAUGGGAAAACUAGAAUACACGAAUGAAGGCUGUUUGUAUGGAAGCCAAUGUCUGCCACAUAAGAAAAAAACAGACAAUAAUGCAUUAGUAAAUGAAAAUCAUUCUUAGAUAAAAAGUCAUAAUUAUGAGAUAAAGGGUAGAAAUUGACAAAAAUCAACAUUGAAAGGUAAAACUCAUAAAAAGUCAACAUUUUGACACACUGAGAGAUAAAUAGAAAAACUGAUUAAAAAAGCCAUAAUUCUGACAUUAUGCGAUAAAAUUUCAUAAUUAUGACAUAAAUAUAACUUUUUUCUUCUCACAAGUAUGAUGGCAUUUUAUAACAUAUAAAAUUAAAAAUUUAUUAUAGAUUAGAAAAACAAAUAACUGUGACUUUUAUGCCAUAAUUUCAACAUUAAUCUUAAUUAUUAUUUAAUAUAUCAUAAUUUUUAAUUUUAAUCUCAUAAUUGACUUGUGUCAUAAGUUUGACUUUUAUUAUUUUUGUCAUGAUGACAAUUAUAUCAUAAUUAUGAUUAACCAAAGCAUUUUUUGGCUUCUAUACUUUUGAGCUCAAUAAAAGCAUCAGAAAAGUAGUCCAUUUAAUUUGAAAUAUAUUAUUUGCCCAAUUUUUGUGGGCAUAGAAUAUGUGCGAAAAACAAACAGCUACAACAACAACAAAAAGGUGAUUAAAUGAUGACAGAAUGAUCAUUUACAGGGUGUAUUAUUGCUUUUAAAAGAGGCAGAUGGCAAAAUAAGUGUCUGUUUGGGCUUCAGUUGACUUUUUCUUGGAGACAAUCUGCUCUAGCUCUAAUUCAAACAUUUUCAACAUUGCUCUCAGAGGCAAUAAAACAUCACAAGUGAUUUUGUUUGAGAAAGACAACACCAGAAAGAUGAGACACGCUCAUGAACAGAUCCUUUCCCUGUUUUAAUUAGCAGACGACUAAGAGGCUGUUCACACUGGACCUUUCUCUUCUAUUAAAAACAACAGAAGGUCCAUUUCUAUGCACAUGAACUCCCAGACACUGGAUAAUGUUCACCUCAAGAUGUUCAUUCUGGCCCCUGAUUCAUCCGAUGGCCAUGCUUUAAAACGGUCAGCAAUUUGAUUUGUAACUAAUGAGUAAACAUGAAAUCAAAAUCGACCCAAUUUAGUUAAAAAUGCAUCAAAUUACAGAAAUAAACUUGGAAAAACAUACCACCGAUGUGCACAUAUGUGCCUACAGCCCGAAAUGAAAAAAAACAUCGUGUUUUUAGAAUAUUUCACUGCACAGAAUUCAUAAAGAUACUGACAGUUUUUAUUAUGAAAAUUGCAUUUUCUGGGGAGGACGUAAUAUGAGAGUGAAACUUCAUGGUGUUAUUAUACAGACCGUUUUUCAAUUUGCAUAAGAAAAUAAACGGAUACGUGGAUAAUCCGUAACAGAAUGUUGUGAUGGGAUAGAGGGGUUACUUCAUGACAAUGAUAAUGCGGUUCACAUGGUUCUUUGGCCAAUGUCUUGUAUUUUAGAAAUCAGAUCCCUUAAUGCAGCAGAAUCGCAAGACUAUGAUUUCAGAUAGAAAGUAUUAUCCUGUCUGAUUAAUGGUUAAGGCUUUUCAUAGAAAUUAAUAUUCAAGUAUUAUUUGACGUAUUACUUUUCCAAUAAACAACUACUUGGUAACACAUCGUGUUUUUAUAUCAGAAUAGGCCAAAAAGCAUUUUGACACUUAAAGGUGUUCACAUUAGUGAAAUUUCGGUCAGUAUAGCAUUUCGCCCCAAUGAAACCCAGCUCACACAGAAGUCACUUUCAAAACAAAAGGAGGUAAAAAAAAAAAACUUUGAGCUUGAACCCGUUGAAUUCUGCAUGUGGAAAUUUUUCGCCCUCACACGUAAUUCCUGAUCGCAUACAAUCCUGUUGAAAUGACUGGAUUUUGCGAGGGAAAUUUAGUCAACAACAGUGAACGUGAACACGAAAAAGGUCUUAAAUUUCAUUUCAUUAGUUAAAAUAUCAAACUAACUGACAUUCAUAUUAAACAAAAGAACCCAGCUAACAGGGAACGUUAUCAAAACGUUCUGGCAAGGUUCACUUAAUGAUAUGAACUGACAUUCCUCCAGUAAUGUUAAUAGAAUGUUUGUUCUAAGUUGUCUGGUGAUGUUAUGUUCUCAAAAUGUUAGUGCAAAAACAUUAUACAUUGUCUAUGGAUCUCUUUUCAGAAAACCUUUUAGUUGGAUGUUAAUUUAACCUUUUUAAAUGUUAAUACUUCAGCGAACAUUCAAAAGUGACUCCCAUAAUGUCUGUAAAAUGCUAAAAUGUUCCCUUAACAUUCACAUUACCGAAAAUGUUUUUAAACAUUAAAAAUAAAUAAAUAAAUUGGAUGUUCGGAACGUUCAGGAAACAUUCCAAUAAAAAUAAUUAAUUAUUCAUAACUUAAUGAGACCAUUAAAAAAUGUUCUUAGAACUUACUUUGUUAGCCAGGGAUGCAAUCUUUACAAGCAAAAUAUUUCACAGAAGGAUGUUUGAAUUGACAAAACAAUCAUUCAAAACCACUUUCUGGUCGUCAAAUGUUAGUGGGUCGAAUCCAUCAUGCACAUCAAGAAAUGCACAUUAAGGUGCGGGCAGCAUUAAAGGGUUAGUUCACCCAAAAAUAAUAAAUGGAUAUUUUUCUUACAAAAAUUAAAAAGAUGAAAUAUUUUUUUUAUAUAUAACUCUGACUGGAUUAAUCUGAAAGAAGAAAGUCAUAUACACCUAGGAUGAAUUGAGGGUGAGCAAUUUAUGGCCUAAUUUUUACUUUUGGGUGAACUAACCCUUUAAUAUUAACGCAAAUUCGCAUAUGAAAUACAGGAACCCAAUGAUCAGCUGUUUUACGUAAAAGUGAAAAAGUGUCCCCCACACAGAUUUCACUCAUGAUCAAGUUGGUUGCUCAAAAGUUAAAGUGACUUCUGUGUAAGGAAUAAUACAUACUCAUCUCUACGCUACUUACAAUGAAUGGACCCCUUUAUACACACAAAAUUUCACUAAUGCACCUUAAAAAUACAAACAUGGUCAUUUUGAUUUUAAUGCUGAAUUUUGUGCCCACUCUACACCUCACCUGAGCAACAUCUGUGUUUCCAUUAAGUCAGCAUUGUUGUGUUGGCGUCUUGCCGUAUUUGUAAUAUUGGGUUCGCAUUGUCAGGGUUUUCCAGCAUGUGGUCUUGAGGGACGGUGUAUGUGUGGUUCUGCAUUAGCUCUAAUGGCCAGAGGGGUCACGUUUAAAAUCAUAAUGGCUUUCCCACUCCCCCUCCUGCUGGGACAAACAUCAGAAAGGACAUCAACAUCCCAACUCCCUAAUAAAAGAUGCCAUUUUCAAUCUGUCCACGUACAUUUAAAAGAAAUUCAUUUUGCACUUCCGUCUUACACGACAGCGGUUCUCGCUCUUUUUCCAAGCGGUUUCUGACACGUUGUCAUUAUAAUUGUGCUUCGUCACAGUGCUGUUGUUAGACUGUAGCUGCAGGGGAAAGGCCUUGUUUAUUGUUUUAAUACAGGGGGAAGACAGAGCUGCGCUGACGAUUCAACUAGAGACAAAAAGACAUUCAGAUGCAUUUUUUCCAAGCAUCACUUGUGUAUCACAGGUGGAAUCUGUAGACUUUUUGAGGUGGUAAAAUCUGUGGACGGUGUUGAACAAUAGCAGAGAGUUCUACAAAAACAUUCAAAUUAGUCAAAACACUUAAUAAAGAAACAGACCGUUUGUAGAAGUUGGUGAAUGACGGGCAUCUGUGGGCACUGAUUGUGUGUGGGCCUGCUUAUCACUGACGGAUAGCAAUUAUGUUACAGUAUGUGCUGCUAUGCAUAUAGCUCUGCUGUCAGCAUCUGCUCUGAUAAGCUUGGCUUAUCUAGAUUGAGUUCUGUGACUGUGUUCGGAAUGGAAUACUAGUGUACUGCAGUGCAUACUGCAUAGUGUAUCUACUGCAAACAGCAGAAAAUAAAGCUGUACGCCAGAAGCUUCAGAGCAAAACUGACUUAAACUGAGGUAAAUCACAGUUACACAUGAACUUGACUGACUUACUGCUUCUACAAGAGCAAAAAUCACUGUCAACAGCAGUAUUUGGUAACAUCUAUUAAUAUUAAUCAUUGUAAAUGUAAAUUUAUGGCAUCGAGUUAAGUGCAUUGCAUGGUGGGAUAUGCAUUAUGGACACUACUGUUCAAAAGUUCAUGUCCAGUAGAAAGAGAUUAAUGCUUUUAUUCAGUAAGGACACAUUAAAUGGUCGAAUGUGACAGUAGAAGAUGUUACAAAAGAUUUCUAUUUUAAAUAAAUGCUGUUCUCUUGAACUUUCUUUUCACCAAAGAAUUCAGAAAAACUAAAUCUAUCAUGGUUUCCAUAAAAAUACUACGCAGCACAACUGUUUUUAUCAUUGAUUUGAACAAGAAAUGUUCUGUGAGCAUAUUAAAAUGAUUCCUGAAGGGUCAUGUGACACUGAGUUUAGAUGCUGAAAAAUGCCUCUUUGCAUCACAGGAAUCAAUUACAUUUUAAAAUACUUAUUUUAAAUAGAACAAAUAUUUCACAAUAUAACUGUAUUUUUAAUAAAAUAAAUGCAGCAUUGGUGUAGACGUAAUAGACGUCUUUUAAAAGUAUUUUUAAAAAUCUUCUAACUUUUGAACAGUAUGGUAGCAUGCAUAUCCAUGUACUGUAUAUACACGUGCAUCCAGAUAAUUAUAUAAAAAUAUUAGUAUAAUAGUAUGCUUUUUCAAACACAGCCUUUGUUCCGAACUCAAACCCUGUUAAACAAAUACACACAUCAGCUACACAAUUCUUAAAGGUUUUGAAGGUUAAAUUAUUAUUUCUAUGUAGACACACUUUAUGUGGUUUAACUAGCUGGCAGUGAUGAAUGGUUAGUGUGUGAAAGUAGCAUGCACGGUCUUUACCACCCACUCUCCACCGUGUAGAUUCAAAUACACACAAUAGCUGGCAUGACGUCAGCAAGUUAUGGACGGUAAGUCCGGUCUGGGUCCACAGGGUCAGUCGGAGCGGUUGGCGAAGCCACGUCAAACGAGCUGUUAGAGAAAAACAAGGUUGUGGAAGAAAGUGAGGCAGGAUCAGCAAAACUGAUGCCGAGUAAUAUUUACCCUCCCCUUAGUAUUGACAGGGUGACCCGUGACUCAUGCAGCGGUUGACCUGGUCCGCUGUUGUUUUGCUAAGAAAUGUGCCAGUUUAUUAGUUAUAUAAUGGAUUUUAAUAUCCUGCAGUGGCAGGGGAGGAUCGUUGUAGCUACUAAUGCACACUUAAGCACAUGCACCUCAUUUUGUGGUCCAUUUACUGACGGUUUUCUUGCUUUUCAGAGAACAAAAGAGUCAAACAUGCUGCAUUUCUGCUUGUAUAUCUCAAAGGAUUUUGCUAUUUCUGCCUCCAUAUUUUUGCAGGUCGCUUCUUUGAUUGUCAGCCACUGUUGUGCCAUUGUGAACAUUGAUCAAUGUUUUCCAUCGUUUGUACGGACAAGCAACAUGAUAAUGUCAUCUGUACAAUUUGUAUAAUACAAUAAAUAUGAUUUAUAUUUGA